CGAAAGGGGAAAACUCAAGCUAAAUCAAGCUAAUAGUACACACCUAAUUCUCGAAUUCUUGUCCUUAAUUCUUUUCUUACGAUCCGUUCUUCUGAUCAGAUCAUUUGGUGGAUUUAUUGUCCAUCAAAUUGGUGCUCUCGUUGAGAGUUCGAGAAUCAUACUCAGAGAAAACCUUCCAAGAAGACCAUGGUGCAAACCCGUAGCAACGCGAAUCUCGUUAACGGAAACCCCCACCAGGGGGAGAACAGCGCCACCAAAGGCCGACACCCUCUGAUUAGCCUAACGGAGGCGGAGGCACUCAUCCAGAGGGUCGGGAUCACAGCGGAGCAGUUCAAGGAGGUGAUGGCAGCCUGGACCCCAAACAGCGAGGUUUUGGUGGAGGACGCAACCGGAGAACCCACAGGAGGGAAGGCUGGACCUGCGGGUUCUGGGGGAAAAAAGAAGAAGAAGGUAAGGCGGUCCCAGAAGAAGAAGGCGACCAAGCCCAACGAAAAGGCAAGGAUGGAGGAAGAGCUGUCCAGAUUGGACGAGGAAGAUGAGUCAUCCUCCUUCGAACGGGCGUCGGCCAUCGAUCGGUUGGGAGAUCCCGCGUCAAAGAAACCCCGGACCUCGGCGUUCGAUCGAUUACAUGAUACUCGGUCAGCCCGCAAAGGCAACCUGAGGGAGAAGCUCAAGGAGAAGAGAGGAGAGUCCUCAGCGACGUCCAAGAUUGGCUCAGAAGAGUUGCUCGAAGACAAGGAAGCGAUCGAGUUGUGGAGGAUGUACGAAUGUCUAGAGAAGCAGUUGGAUGCCCAAAAUCCAUACCGCCAGGCGGUUUUCAGCGAGGUAACUCCCUUCUCCAAAAGGAUAAUGUCUUGUCCUCUCCCGGACAACUUUAAGACCCCACAGGUCAAAGCGUACAACGGGACGACCAAUCCCCAGGAUCACCUUGCUCGCUUCAGGGCGAACGUGGUUAUGUAUGCAUACCCCGAAGAGAUUAAGUGUCGGUGCUUCCUGGCGACGCUGGAGGGGCAAGAUUGUGAGUGGUUCCAUAAGUUGCCCAAAGGAUCGAUAGAUAAGUGGAGCGACCUGGCCCACAAGUUUUUGGAGCACUUCGCGCCAGGCCGGAGGCAAAAGCUCCCAUUCUCGCAUCUGCUUAAUGUGAAAAUCCGGAAGGGGGAGCAACUCCGAGAAUUUAUCAAUAGGUGGGAGAAGGAAGCUAGGGACGUCCAAGGGGCGGACGACCAGGCCCUGAUCGCCAUGCUCCAAGCGGCACUCCCCCAAAGGGGAUGUGCGCAAGGAGCUGCGACGAAAUCCGCUCUCGACCUAUCAGGAGAUGCUGGCCAGAGCGAAAUACUUGACGUUGAAAUAGGAAGAUGAUGAGCCACCUGUCCGGAAGAAGAAGAAAAGUGGUCCGCCGGUGGCAGAAGGAAAGAAGAGGAAAGACUAUGGUAGGGGGCCGAACCCUACCGGAUAUCAAGCAAACAGACAUCCUGUCCACGCGGUACAGUCCUUA